CAGGGCGGUCGGCCGGCGGGGCAGCGUGGCUGGUUUGGGAGAGGUGGGGCAGCGUUGGCUGAGGUUGGGUGUGAGUCUGGUAGUUCCGGGACCCGGUGGCUGGAGGACCCAGGAGGGUAACCAGGAGCGCCACGCGAAGGGGAGGAGCCUGCCUCGGCCCCCGGGGGUCAGGGAGGGCGGACGCUGGGAGGAGGCUUGGAAACGGGUUUAUGGCCGGGCUGACCGUGGAUCCUGGGCUGUCGUCCCUGGCCCGGGGCCAUAGAUGAGUCUCGGUGCCUGGGUUUGGUGAUCGAAGCGCUCUCUGAAGGGCUAGGGAGGGGAGCAGGACGGGAGGCCCCGGCGGGUUCCCGAAGUCUCCGCCAUGAGGCUGAAUCAGAACACCUUGCUGCUGGGGAAGAAGGUGGCCCUGGUGCCCUACACCCCGGAGCACGUGCCCAGGUACCACGAGUGGAUGCAGUCGGAGGAGCUGCAGCGCCUGACAGCCUCGGAGCCGCUGAGCCUGGAGCAGGAGUACGCCAUGCAGCACAGCUGGCGGGAGGACGGCGACAAGUGUACCUUCAUUGUGCUGGACAAGGAGAGGUGGCAGGCCCAGCCCGGUGCCCCCGAGGAGAGCUGCAUGGCGGGAGACGUGAACCUCUUCCUCACGGACCCAGGAGACCCCACCCUGGGGGAGAUCGAGGUCAUGAUUGCAGAGCCCAGCUGCAGGGGCAAGGGCUUGGGCACUGAGGCCGUUCUUGCGAUGCUGUCGUAUGGAGUGACCAAGCUCGGCCUGACCAAGUUUGAGGCUAAAAUCGGGCAAGGAAAUGAACCAAGCCUCAAGCUGUUCCGGAAACUUCACUUUGAGCCGGUGGCUGUGAGCAGCGUCUUCCAGGAGGUGACCCUCAGGCUGACCAUGAGCGCAUGCGAGCGCCAGUGGCUCCUGGAGCAGACGAGCCACGUGCAGGAGAGGCCCUACCGGGAGGAGUCGGCAGAGCCCCACUGACAGCCCUGCGCGGGAGCUGGGGGGCUUCGGGGCCCCUGCAGGCGAGGGUCAGCUUCCAGGACACAGCGGGGCUUGCCUCGGUGCCCCUAGCCACCACUGCCGCACCAGCCGGCAGCGUGGCUGAACGGACCCCAGGGCCUGGCCCUCCUCUCCUGACCGGGAACCCAGAGUGGACGCCAGGAAUCCCCGGAAGCCAGGGUGGGAGGGAGGGCAGGGUGCAGGCAGCCUGGAGAACUGGCCGGGAAGGGGACAGGCCUUUCUCCUUCCACGGCUGGAGUAAAGCACGUGGCGUGACCA